AUGGAAAAUAUCAAGAGUGAGUUUCAAUCAUUGCAAUCUAAAUUAGGAACCCUUCGCACCCCGCAAGAGUUUUUCAAUUUUAAAAAAGUUUCCAAACCCCAAAAUUUCGGGGAAGUCCAGUCUAGAGUUGCUUAUAAUGUAAAGUAUUUCUCCAGCAACUAUGGUUUGAUCAUCGGUUGUUUGAGCAUCUACACAUUGCUGACUAAUUUGCUGCUACUGUUUGUUAUUGUUUUAGUCAUAGCUGGUGUUGUUGGCAUAAACAAACUGAAGGGUGAAGAGCUGGUGACUCCAUUUGGAUCUUUCAAAAGCAGUCAAUUAUACACUGGAUUGAUUUGUAUAGCUGUCCCAAUAGGUUUCUUAGCAUCGCCAAUCUCAACUUUGCUAUGGUUGAUCGGUGCUUCUGCUGUCAGCGUUCUCGGACAUGCAUCAUUGAUGGAAAAGCCAAUUGAAACUGUAUUUGACGAAGAAACUGUUUGA